CUUAGAGAAACCCCAACCCCCAAGGAAAUUCCAAUCCCUUCUGUGGGGGGAGUAUAGAUAUUUUCUGAAACUGCACAAUAGCUAUAUAUAAAUGCAAUGAAAUGAAAAAUUUGAUCUACUUCAAAUUUAAUUCUCAACCCAAUUGCUUCUUAGUUUUAGGAAUUUGUGUUCGUCUGACUAAUACAUGUGUGCAACUGAAACCAAAGCAAGGUUUGCUAGCAUCACAGACCAGUGCGCUUAACUUAUUAAACUCAAGAAUGAACAGUAGUCAACCAUACACAUUUGAAACCCUUGCUGUAUCUAAGCCACAAGAACAUGUAGUUCAGGUGGAGCUUAACAGGCCAGAAAAGAGAAAUGCAAUGAACAAGACAUUUUGGAGGGAAAUGGUUGAAUGCUUUCAACAGAUUAGUGAAGAUGCUGACUGCAGAGCUGUGGUGUUGACUGGAGCAGGAAAAAUCUUCACAGCAGGCCUGGAUCUCAUGGACAUGGGAAGUGAUCUGAUGAAUACUAGUCAAGAGCCUUCCAGAAGAGCUCACAUGUUAAGAAAGUUUAUCCUGAAGCUUCAAGAGUCUUUUCUUGUGAUUGAGAAAUGUCCACAGCCUGUUAUCGCAGCCAUUCACUCAGGGUGUGUUGGCGGGGGAGUAGAUAUGGUGUGUAAUUGCGACAUUCGCCUUUGUUCGGCAGAU